AUGUUUGACCUGCUCUUAGUUGAUCUUCGUUCUAAAGAUCUUCAUGAAAAAAUUUCUAAAAAACUUCAAGUUGAAUAUUUAUCAGAGUCCCUCCACACAGAAUUAAAAGAAGUUAACGGCAUUAUCUUCGGUCCUAAUCUAAGAAUCAUUGUUUCUUUACCAGUUAGAAUAAAGCAAAAAACAAAAAAUGUUCACUUUGUGAUAGACACGGGAUCCCCGAAAACGUAUAUUUGUGAAGAAGUAUACGAAUCCUUUAAAGUAAUUCUACCCAACUCAUCAACUUAUCAAAUAUUGUUAAACAACAAACGUACUGUCGUUCACCUUCCUCCUAUCGAUUCAAACUUCACGGACAUUAACGUUCUUGGAACGGAAUAUUUGAAAGCUACUGGUUCAAAUCUCACCAUAAAUUUCACUAACGAAAAUGAAAGAGUUUCUAUAUACUUUGACAAUGAUAAAAAUGAAAUCACCUCUCGUUUAGGACAAAGUAUUUCUCAAGUAGAACCUAACGUCCUAGGCAGAAUAUUUGGAAUUGUUUUACUUGUUCUUUAA